UAAACAAAAAGCUCUUCAACUACCAAGUAAAAGUAGUUCGGAACAAGUUAAUCAUAUUCAAAGAGAUUUUAACUGUUUAACCAAUGAAAUUAAACAACAAAUAGAAAAAUGUCUAAACGCUUUACGUGCCAAGUAUAAUAAAAAUGCUACGUUGGACCAAAAAAUAAACGAACUAGUUGAAUUAUUUUUAAGUAGUUUAAAAGCUCUUAAAGAUGAAAAUGAAAGAUUAAAAAAACAAAUAAAUGAAAAAAGCAAUGAAAAUAAUACACUAAACCAACAGCUAGAAAACUGUAAUAAAGAAAAAGAACCUUUGAAAAAUACAAACAAUAAAUUAAAGCAAGAACUAGAAAAUUGUAAUAAAGAAAAAAAAACCUUACAAGAUAAAAAUAAAAAACUCGAAGACGAAAUUAACAAACUAAAAGAAGAACUAAAAAAAUGUAAAGAAAAUGAACCAAAUGAAAACCUUACAAACGAAAAUAAAAAAUUAAAAGAACAAUUAGAUAAAUAUAAAAAAGAUAACGAACAUUUGAAAGAGGAAAUUUUAGUGUUAGAACAGGUG